AUGUAGCAUAGAAAAUUAUUUAAAAUAGUUGAAAUAUCAGAAAAUGAAUAUUAAAAAGUUUAAUAAACAUCUUAAAUUGGACAAGCUUUUAAAACAUAUUAAAAACCACUUUAAGUUAUUGAAACAUAAUAAUCUGAAUUUUUAGAUUAUAUAAAUGAAAAAUUAUCUCUAUUAUUGCAAUAUUUGUAAGUUCCAUAUAAAAAAUAUAUUAUAUCCCAUGGGGGUCAUGAUGAAUAAAAUGAUAAGUGUUAAGUUAACAAAAUAUAGUAAUAGAAUUAAAAUUAAAUUGAUUGCAAAACAAAUAAUUUCAAUCCUACAACUACUUAAAUACAACUACCUCAUAUUGAUUAUAAACCAAAAUAAUUGUAGAUUUAAACAAUGUAUUGUUUAAUUUAACAAGAAUAAAAAAAUGAAAAUAUAAAAAAAUACAUAUAUGAUGAUUUUCAAUAGGAUCUAUAGAAUUGGAGAACUAAUUAAGAGAAAAAAAUUAAAAAGAAUAUUUAAGAUGCAAAUUCUUAAUGUAAAUCUGUUGUAAAUUGUAGUUGUAUAAAAUAAGACUAAAUCUUUGAAUAUAAUAAUUAAAAUUAGGCUGUUAUGAUAUUAGAGAUGUUUCAUACGAAAUAUAUAGAUGAAGAUAAAAUGAUAUAAAAAGCUACCAUUCGUUAUGAGGAGGAUCUAUUUAAUGAAAAUGAAUUAGAAUAAAUAAAUAAAUUAGAAUAAAUAAAUAAAUUAGUAUAAAGAAAUAAAUUAGAAUAAAUAAAUAAAUUAGAAUAAAUAAAUAAAAUAGAAUAAACAAAUGAAUAAGAACAGAUAUUAAUUUUUCAGAAACAUUCACAAUAUCCUUUUGUCAAAUUAAAUUAAUGUAUUGGGAGAAAAGAAGAAUAAUUGCUUAAUGAAACAGGCAAAUUUUGGACAAGUUCCAUGAUUGAUGGAUAUGCUAAUUAUUUAUUUGGUUAGGAUGAAAAAAAAUACUUCAGAUUAUCAAAAUCAUUAAGAGAAUGCUAUAAGAGACUAUUUAUUUUUACAUCCGAUUUUAUUACUAAUUGUAAUUUAAAUACUUAACCUUUCAAAGAAAAAUGGUUAUUAUUAAUGUUAGAAAAAUUAGAAUCUUUUAAAACAAUUCAAUAUUAAUUUUGGCUUAUUUAUCAAAAUAUUGCAUUUAUUAUAAAUAAAAAUAAUUCUCAUUGGUAUCUGAUUACAGUAAAUGUAACAGAGAGAUAUAUAUUUGUAUAUGAUUCUUUAAAGGGAAACCAUCAACAUUAUUAUAUGGUGGGAGACUUGUUAUCAUAUUUAUUUUAUGAACUUCAAAAGAAUCAAUUACAAUAAUAAAACAUUCGAUAAGACUAAUAUAAAUUCAAAAUUUAUGUUAAAUCUAAUUUUUUAAAUUAAUCUGAUGCUUAUUCAUGUGGUUAAUAUACUUGUAUUGCUCUUGAAUAUAUUAGUAACUUAUCGAAUAUAGUUAAUUAUAAAAAUAAGACAGAUAUGAAAUAGAAUUUAAAGAGCAUUUUGUUUUAUAAGAAACUGAAGAAAGGAAAAUGA